AUGAUACUUAAAAAUGUUAAACGUAAAGUUGUUUUUAAUGACUUAAAAAAAUAUUUUAUUGUAGUUGAUGGAUUUAAAUAUGGAGCAGAUUUCAUUUUGUAUAAAAAUAGCAUUGAAGAUGAACAUGGAUUUGCUUUAGUUUUUAUAAAAGAAGAUAAUGUGAUUUUAAAUAAUAAAGAAAAAAUUAUAAUAGUUAGAAUAUGUGAAAGUGUUAGAAAAGAAGGUAUUAUAGCUUAUAUUAAUGAAAAUACUAUGACAAUAAAAUAUGAAGAAAUAUAUAGGAAAAAAUAA